UUCCCGUCCUCUAUAUUCCCAAUAUAGAAGUGCCGCCGCCACCAUUAUCAGCGAUCACCUGUCCCCCAUAGUCUUGUGUAGUAGAGGGCCUAAAGUGACACUGCAGCAAAAGCAGUAUAUAUAUAUACUUGGAUGGAGAACACCAAGUCAUCGUGGUUCCAGGCGCAGGCAGCGGCAGCGGCAGCGGACCUGACGCUGGCGAUCGGGCCGGCAGGCGGCAACCAAGGCUGGGAAGAGAACAAGGAGGCGGUAGCGCCGACAGCGCGCGUGAACGGCAAGGACGUGCGGCUGUUCCCGUGCCUCUUCUGCAACAAGACCUUCCUCAAGUCGCAGGCGCUCGGCGGCCACCAGAACGCGCACCGCAAGGACCGACUCGGCAGCUUCAGCGACCCAUACAUGUACGGCCCCUACGGCGAAGGCCCCUUCCGCGGAACCGCCGUUGAUUCUGGCAGCAGCUGGUCCAUGAGCACCUCCGUCCUAUCGCACGGCGGUAGCCGCGUGUCGGCGCCGGCGAGCGCUGAUGCCAGGACUGAGAGGUGGAGCAGCGCCGCUCCACGCUUUGCAGAGCACGCGCAGGCGCAGCUCCUUGUGGAUCCAGCGGCUGGACAUGACGGCGCGGUGGACAUGCUCAGCACGAGGGCCUCCGUUAGCAGUGCCGGUGAGGAGCUCGAGCUCGAGCUCCGCCUCUAGGAUUUCUGGGGCACCAGCACCAUGCGUCUACUUGCACAGGUUUCAAUCGAAUUGCGCAUAUCAGCGAUAUUGGCGGCGAGCCUGCAGUCCGUCGUCGCAUCGUUUACUGGGAGGGAGAGCUCUCCAUGCCUCAGCGGGACGUUAUUUUGUUGUUAUUUUGUAGUGAGUGUUUUCUUGUUGCUCGCUUGGUUAAUAGAACUUCCUAAAAGAAACUGUUAAUACUGUUUCACAUAUAUAUAUAACAGUGUCCAGAAUCCGGACGACUAUCGGGCAUCAGUAGCAGUAAUUACUGAUGAUUAUCGAAGGUUGAUGAGUUCUUUCGGCUAGGCUAGGCGUUGAUAAAUCACUAUGCGCGUGAUGUAAACGAGUGUGCUUAUACUAUUGCACGUUUUAGUUUUUUGGGUCAGGAA